AACAGCACUUGCCCCAACAGUCUGUUACGGCUAUACAGGGGAUCUUUGUGUGCUGUGUGCAACAUCAGCAGCAACAGCGACAGCAGCAACAGCGACAGCGUGAAUGGACACGAGGGAGUUCCUCGUCUGUCUGGCGGCCGGGGGGCUCGCGGGUGCGAGCGUGGACCUGACGCUCUUCCCGCUGGACACGCUCAAGACGCGCCUACAGAGCGCCCAGGGCUUCGCGCGAGCCGGCGGCUUCCGUGGCGUCUACGCGGGCGUCCCCUCGGCGGCCGUCGGAUCCUUCCCCAACGCCGCCGCGUUCUUCGUGACCUACGAGACUGUGAAGGGCGCUCUGGGCAGCUCUCCCCUGUCGCACAUGGCAGCUGCCUCCAUCGGAGAAGCUGUGGCGUGUCUGAUCCGCGUGCCCGUGGAGGUGGUGAAGCAGCGGGCGCAGGCGACGCGAGUGGCCACCCGCCAGGUGCUGGCUGCCACGCUGCAGCGCGAGGGUAUCUGGGGUCUAUAUCGGGGAUUCAAAAGCACCAUCGCCAGAGAGAUCCCAUUCUCCUUUGUCCAGUUCCCACUGUGGGAGUUAUUGAAGGAUAGAUGGGCGAUCCACCAGGGCCAUGAGGUGGACUCGUGGCAAGCCGCCACGUGUGGAGCUGUGGCAGGGGGCUUGGCCGCAGCAGUCACGACGCCAUUGGACGUCGCGAAGACAAGGAUCAUGCUGGCCAAGGCCGGAACAAACACGGCGGAAGGAAACAUCACAGCAGUGCUCCUGGGCAUCUGGAGGAUACAGGGAUUGUCUGGGCUCUUCGCUGGGCUGCUCCCCCGCGUGGCCUGGAUCAGCCUGGGCGGCUUCAUCUUCCUCGGGGCUUACGACAAGGCUCGCCAUCUCCUGUUGCUCGCCUCGUCAUAGCCGGAGCCCGUGGCCGCGGCCAGAAGCCAUUGUGAUGGCUGGCUACGCCGGUGCCGCAUGAACAACGAGCACCAGCUGACUUAAAGCUUUCGUGACUGCAGGAAUUCAUAUUCUUGGGUCUUUCGGUAAACUCACGUUGAUAGGUUGUUAUUUUCUUUGAACCUAUCUACGUGACUUUACCGAAAGACCCAAGAAUAUGGGCACCAGCUGGUGAAUAACGGGCACCAGCUGGUGCACGUCCUCGCGGAGCUUGUGACUAAGGAGGGCCCUCUACUGCCACCUUUAUGUAAAUGCAGACUGGGGGUAAUGUAACGAUCCACCUUGCACCAGCACCCGAGCAGCUGUUACUUUUCAGGAUUGUGAGAGAUAGCGAUGGCGUGGGGAGGCCUUCAUCCAGCAGUGGAUUGAUAAUGGCGUAUAAUGACGAUGGUGGCGGCAGUGGGGAUGGGCGUGGAUGCCACGGCCAUGGAGCUACCUGACCAGGAGAGUAGCGGCGAGGAGUCGCUCGCUGUCUCCCGAGGCCCUCUGCGUUGAGCGGCAGUGGCGGUCUCCCCUACCCUGAUGAUUCCCCGUGGCGGGGCUCCCAUAGCUGCCGUGUGCCCCCCAUACCCCCGUGGGUUAUGGGAAGCGUCACACGGGCGGUGUGCCUUACCUUAAUUCAUAGAGCGCCUUGCGUAGGCGCUAUCUCAUAGCUGGAGCGUUAAAACCGAGUUUCUUUAUCGCUGUUGUGACGUCUGCCGCUGUCCCUCUCCGUCACCGCGUGGUCGACGCUUAUUUAUCGCCAGGCAAGAGAGAGACCAGGAGUCUAUUUCUUCAAGGGGCUACCUGCAUUUACUUUGGUACGGCAAAAGAGGUCAUUUCAAAUAUGUUAACAAAAUGUAGAAAACAAAAAGAAAUCUGUUUAUACAACUCAGAAAUGUUAUUUAACAAUAAAACGGAAACAAUUUGUGCACUCGGUGUUUUACUUUAUACAAUAAAUGCAUUCAUACUUAA